AGGUCGUGGCUCUCGAUGCCCACACGUGAGGGCUGUUGGGCCCAGUCCCUUCCUUCCUUACCUCUGUUUUUCAAACGAGAGGAGAAGAGUGGAAGAUGUUUUUUCUCUUCUUCUUCUUUUCCCUCCUACUCCGCUGCAUUCUCCUGCAGCAGCUAGCCGGUGACGGCGUCUCGGCUGCACCAUCAGUUACCGCUCCACCCUUCCGGUGGAUGACCCCUCAAUGCUACUCGGCCGCUCGCGGUUCUUCUUCCCCUUGAAGAAGAACCAGCCCCUCUUAGAGGGGUCUCCGGAUUCUUCUGGCGUCGCUCUUCCUCCUACGCGCAACAGAUUCUCCCUCCGAGUCUACCCCUCCAUUCUUCUCGUCAGGACCCUCAACCCUUUCCAAGCUAGAGCAGGAAUUUGCAGACGUAAUGGAAGUGGCAGAAUCUCGAAACUCGGAAAAAAAGAUUGGGAAGAGAAAGAGGAAGAAGAAGAGAAUAAGGGGGUGCACUGUGAAGUGGAAGUGAUCUCGUGGAGGGAACGCAGAAUUAAGGCUUCGAUCACGGUCGAGGAGGAUGAGGAGGCCGUCUGGAAAGUUCUCACCGACUACGAAAAGCUCGCCGAUUUCGUCCCCAAUCUAGUCUGCAGCGAGAGGAUCCCCUGCCCUCAUCCUGGAAGGAUAUGGGUGAUGCAGAAGGGAAUGCAGAGAGCCUUGUAUUGGCAUAUCGAAGCACGGGUCGUCUUGGACCUUCAGGAGCUAAGUAGUGCUGAAGCUGGUAAGGAACUAUAUUUCCGCAUGGUUGAUGGGGACUUCAUGAAGUUUGAGGGGAAGUGGUCCCUAAAAGCUGGUGUAAGGUCUUCUACUACAAUUUUAUCAUAUGAGCUCAAUGUAAUACCAAGGUUCAACUAUCCUGCCAUAUUUAUAGAGAGAAUCAUCAGAUCUGAUCUUCCAGUGAAUCUCCAGGCUAUAGCAUCUCAAGCUGAAAAACGCUGCGGAGUGAGUAAAACAAAAGUAAUUGAUGAGAGCAUCCUCGAUAAGAAUUUUAAAGUCCCUAUUGUUUCCCAUCAGAUUCCCGGCCUGCCUUCUUCAGAAAAUAGCGAACCUUCAUCAAGUGAUUCAAGGAGCAACCACACUACACGUAGCCUUGAUCCCUUGCUGCCUCCACCUUCUGAAGAAUCCAACAGCAGCUGGAGUGUAUAUGGAAAAGUUUGCAGACUGGACAGGAUCUGCAUGGCUGAUGAAGUUCACUUCCGCAGAUGUGAUGACCUACUUGAAAAUGGUGGUGUUCAUCGAAGUGUGGCUGCAUGUAUCACCGUGAAGGCAUCUGUACAUAGAGUGUGGAGUGUUCUUACUGAUUAUGAAACCUUGCCCGAGUUUGUUCCAAAUUUAGCCAUCAGUAAGGUUUUGUAUCGAGAGAAGAACAAGGCUCGCAUUCUUCAGGAAGGAUGUAAAGGCUUGCUGUAUAUGGUGCUUCAUGCACGUGUUGUCCUGGACCUGCAUGAACAGUUUGAGCAGGAAAUUGCUUUCGAGCAAGUUGAAGGGGACUUCGAUUCCUUUCAGGGGAAAUGGAUUCUUGAGCAACUUGGGAAUCAGCAUACAUUGCUUAAGUAUGUGGUUGAGUCAAAAAUGCAGAAAAAUUCAUUCCUUUCAGAGGCCAUAGUUGAAGAGGUCAUCUAUGAAGACCUUCCAUCUAAUUUAUGUGCUAUUCGUGAUCGGAUAGAAGAAUGUGACCCAAGUUCAAUAAAUUCCAGAAUUGAUGGACAUGAUAAAUUUUCCAAAACUCAGGUUUAUCCAGAUGGAAGCACUUUUCAGGUGAAAGUAACGAAUGAUGUUCAGAUCUUCAGAAACGACAGACAAAGAAGAAUCCAAAGGCCAAAAAUUCCUGGACUACAAAGGAAUAUUGAAAUAUUGGAAUCUGAACUUAGAAAGUACAUAGCAGAACAUGGUCAAGAAGGUUUGAUGCCAAUGAGGAAACAAUUGCGUUUGGAUGGGAGAGUAGAUCUAGAGAAAGCAAUAACGCGUAUGGGUGGUUUCAGACAUAUUGCUUCCCUUAUGAAUCUUUCACUUGCUUACAAACAUCGCAAGCCGAAAGGCUAUUGGGACAGCUUGGAUAAUUUGCAUGAAGAGAUAGUCCGUUUCCAGAGGAGUUGGGGAAUGGAUCCCAGUUUCAUGCCCAGUAAGAAGUCUUUCGAGAGAGCAGGGCGGUAUGAUCUUGCUCGUGCAUUGGAGAAAUGGGGUGGCCUUCAGGAAGUUUCUCGGCUCCUGUCAUUGAAGCUAAGGCAUCCAAGAGGUGUAACUGCUUCAAAACAGAAAAGAAAUGACUCCAUAGUCGAUCAGGCCUCUUCUAGCCCUGGAAGAAAAUGUAAAGCAUUUGUUUCACAAGAUACUCAAAAGUGGCUCAUGACACUCAAGCAUCUAGGUAUCAACUGGGUCGAGUAAAUCACUCUCCCUCACCCCCUAUGAUGAUUCAAUUCAAGAUGAGCGCCCGAACAAGCAUUAUGUAAAUCAUAUGUAUCUCCAGUACCAUGUACAGAUUUUUUUGUAUCCAAAAUUCAGCUUAGAUGCUUCAUUCA